GCAGCCUUGGUGUAGGGCCGCGCCCUUGCCGGCUGCCCGACUUUAGUGGGCUGGGCAAGGCAGGGUAUAAAGGAGCGGGAGCUCUGCGAGCAGCACUUAGGACUCCUCUGUUUAAAGUCCGCAUCGCUCAGCCCGGCACCUCGCCCAGGCCGCGAUCGCCCCGACAACCACCAGCCCAACCAAUCAUCAACCUGACUGCGUCCGAGCCAUGGCUGUCAGAAAAGCACUGAUCGUACUGGCUCACUCGGAGAGGACGUCCUUCAACUAUGCUAUGAAGGAGGCUGCUGCAGAAGCUUUGAAGAAGAAAGGAUGGGAGGUGGCCGAGUCAGACCUCUAUGCCAUGAACUUCAAUCCCAUCAUUUCCAGAAAGGAUAUCACAGGUAAACUGAAGAACCCUGAGAACUUUCAGUAUCCUGCUGAGUCUGUUCUAGCUUAUAAAGAAGGCCGUCUGAGCCCAGAUAUUGUGGCUGAACAAAAGAAGCUGGAAGCUGCAGAUCUUGUGAUAUUUCAGUUCCCACUGCAGUGGUUUGGAGUCCCUGCCAUUCUGAAAGGCUGGUUUGAGCGAGUGCUGAUAGGAGAGUUUGCAUACACGUAUGCUGCCAUGUAUGACAAGGGACCUUUCCGGAAUAAGAAGACCGUGCUUUCUAUCACCACUGGUGGCAGCGGCUCCAUGUACUCUCUUCAGGGUGUCCAUGGGGACAUGAAUAUCAUUCUCUGGCCAAUUCAGGUACCUCAUUUUCCCUGAAGCUUUGGGGGAAUUCACUAGUGGAGCUUUCUGUGGGGUCCAAAAUCUGAAGACAAUGUUAAAAACAGAUCUGAGCCAUUUAGAUGA